AGCGACAGUCGACAGAUUAUUUAUGUUUUAAAAUAAAUAUUUAAUUAAAACAUUGUAAAUUUUGUUGAAACUGUGGCAUAGAAGUGAAUGUAAUUUAGUACAAUCGAAUGGAUAUAUUAUUUUCAGUUGUAAGGAUAUCUAGGUUGUAUUCAUAACAUUUUAACAUGAAGUGAAGUUUUAGACAUGGCGGCUACUAGAAAAUUACAAGGUGAAAUAGACCGAUGUUUAAAAAAGGUCACAGAAGGUGUAGAGACAUUUGAAGAUAUCUGGCAAAAAGUGCAUAAUGCAACUAACAGUAAUCAAAAGGAAAAAUAUGAGGCUGAUCUCAAAAAGGAAAUUAAAAAACUUCAAAGACUUCGAGACCAAAUUAAAAGUUGGAUAGCAUCAGGAGAAAUAAAGGAUAAGAGUGUUCUAAUGGAUAAUAGAAAGCUUAUAGAAACGCAAAUGGAGAGAUUUAAGGUAGUGGAAAGAGAAACAAAAACUAAAGCAUAUUCGAAAGAAGGAUUAGGUGCUGCCCAAAAACUAGAUCCCGCUCAGAAAGAGAGGGAUGAAAUUCAACAUUGGCUAGUUUCAUCUAUAGACCAAUUAAAUAUUCAAACCGAUUCAUUUGAAAGUGAAAUUGAAUUGUUAUUGUCUAAUAAGAAAAAAAAACUUGAUAAAGACAAACAGGAAAGAAUGGACGAGUUGAAAUCGAGGCUAGAAAGGCAUCGAUUUCAUAUAAGAAAAUUAGAGACUUUAUUACGAAUGCUGGAUAAUAUGUCUGUGGAGGUUCAGCAGAUUAGGAGAAUAAAAGACAACGUCGAAUAUUACAUAGAGUCUUCGCAAGAACCUGAUUUUGAGGAUAAUGAAUUCAUAUACGAUGAUAUCAUUGGAUUGGACGAAGUGGAAUUGUCAGGCGUUGGGUUGCCUUCCUCGGCGACGACGGACAGUAACGAAACGGGCGGUACUCCUACCUCGAUAAUAUCGGGAUCUUCCCCGAUUUCUUCUCCCCCACCUCUUGGGAACCAAAUUUAUAAUCAUUCCAGUGAUAGUUCAAAUGAGGCUGACAAGAAGGUGAUUUGUAAAGAUCAACCAAAACCUGUAAAACCGACUCCAGUAAGAGCAACUACUACAAUGAACACUAGCACUAAUUCCAUACUAAAUUACAGCAGCAAUAGUGCGACUUCGACACUAAUUAGUAAACCAAUUUUGGUUAGCAGUACCCCGAGUAAACCUGUGUGCAGGGACAGUUCCCCCGUUUCACAAAUGAUUACGUCCAGUAAUUUUGCAGCUGUUGCAGCGAGUGUGUCAUCUAAAACUUCAACAACAAGUGGAGACAGCAAUCCAUCUUCAUCUGUGAUAACAAAUGUUAGUCAAAUUCCUCCUCAAAACACGUCAAAUGCCAUUAACACUUCGAUUCAUUCAAAUCCCAUUUUAUCACUAGCGACACAAAAUUCUACAAAUCCAUCUCAAAAGUCAUAUUCUGAUCCACACGUACAAAGUAAUUGCAUAAGUCCUGAUUUAAAUAACAGCGACAACAAAUCACCGUUAAGUGUUGAAACAUCACAACCCGCAACGAAUGGUUCCGCUGUCGAAAAGAUUUCCGACGGUAUGACGUCGUUAAAAUCGAUGGCCCAGCAGGUGAUAGAUAGAGCGGGUCUGGAAAGUAACCAAGUAAUACUAGAAUCGAAUAAGACCCAAAAUCAGGGAAAGUCCGAUGCUCACAUACCUCCCUUAUUGGGGGUGGCGCCUUUAGGAGCUAUACCCUUGCAGAAAGAACACCAGACGCAAUUUCAGUUGAUGGAAGCGGCGUUCUAUCACAUGCCCCAUCCGUCAGAUUCGGAAAAAAUAAGAACGUACUUGCCGAGGAGCCCCUGUACGACGCCUUCGUAUUACAUUCAGACUCCCUUGGCUCAUUCCGAUAGCUUAGAGUUCUAUCAGAGGUUAGCGACGGAAACCUUAUUUUUCGUUUUCUAUUACAUGGAAGGAACCAAGGCUCAGUAUUUAGCGGCGAAAGCGUUAAAAAAGCAAAGCUGGAGGUUUCACACGAAAUACAUGAUGUGGUUUCAGAGACAUGAAGAACCGAAAAUUAUUAAUGAAGAAUACGAACAGGGGACAUAUAUAUAUUUUGAUUAUGAAAAAUGGGGACAAAGGAAAAAGGAAGGAUUUACCUUUGAGUAUAAAUACUUAGAAGAUAGAGACCUUAAUUAAUUAAAAUAUUUAUAUUUAAA